UGGAGGUGAUCCCAUUCACGUGACCGCCAGGGUUUCUCAAAUAGUUGCAUUAGGUGUCUGGGGUUGCAAAUUAAAGAUGUCGACAGUCAUUGUAGCCUUAAUUCAUUUAAUGCUGUUUUUAGUUCAGUUGUACGCGUUAGUGUACGACGUCAUGUACAUCAAAGUGUCCUCACUGCCAAAAUUAGCGUUUCUUACCCACUGGGGGAUGUUGAUCAACACGUUCUACUUUGGGAUCGCCCUAUUAAAUGACCUGUGUGGCAGCAAUGCAGGGCCUGAAGACGGGAAAGAUAAACACUCCACCCUACAGAAGUUUAGAGAUAGAAUGUAUAGUAUACUGGCAUUUCCUAUAGGCGCAUUUGUCGUAGCCUCCUUCUGGUCUCUAUACGCGGUGGACAGAGAGCUGGUGUAUCCCGCAGAGCUGGACAAAAUCAUUCCAUCCUGGUUAAACCAUGUCAUGCAUACCACUGUACUACCAUUCCUGCUAAUAGAGGCAUAUGUGGUCUACCAUGAAUAUCCCAGCAAGAAAGUAGGGAUUCCUGGAAUUGUGUUUUUCUCUUCGUUGUACCAGUUUUGGAUAUUGUGGAUUGCGUUCAAGGCGGACAUCUGGGUGUACCCCAUCCUGAGGGUGCUCAGCUGGCCCAUGAGGAUCGUCUUCAUGGUGCUGUGCUGGGUGCUGGUGAUGAUCCUCUACUUGUGUGGUCAUGAAGUAACACAGAUGUGCUGGGGACCAACACAAGGGAAGACUCUACAGGCAAAGAAGGUUAAAUAA